AAAGAAAUUAAAACAAAGUCAGAAGAAAUUACAAAUCAAAUUGAAACUUAUCUUGCUAUGUCAAUUCUUUUGCAUUUGCAAAGUUUUGUACAAUUCUGUUCUAACUUUUCACAAUUGUCUAAUAAUCCUCAAAUAUCAAAUUCUUCCAAAAAGCCAGAUAUAAUCAUCAUUGAAAAGGAAGUACCUAAAAAUGCUGCAGCAUAA